GUCUUUUUGUUCUUCCUCAUUCAUUCAUUCAUUCUUCCUCAAAACAAUUCUGAAUUCUCUGAACAACCUUCCACCGCGACGAUUUCACCUUCCAAAGCCUUAUUUUGGUAAUGUCUGCGGAAGAAGUAAAAUCCACAUGUUGUGGCGGGGAAUGCAGGGAAUGUGCUGAUGAUCAUGAUAAUUUAAAUGAUUGCGAUCAUGGUUACGGGAACCUUGAUGAUUCUGUGUGGGAUGAUUCUGAUGAAGUGUUUAAUGAUGCAUCACAAUUGGAUAGGGAGUGGCAGCUGAGGCAUGAUCAAUUCCAUACAAUGGGAUAUCGAGAUGGUCUCUUCGCAGGGAAGGAAGCUGCUGCACAAGAAGGGUUCAAUAUUGGUUUUAAAGAAUCAGUUCUUCAUGGUUCUCGUUGGGGUCUUGUGAGAGGUGUUACCAGUGCAUUAAGUAAUCUUCCAGACCGGUUAAAGGAGAAGUUAGUUGAAGCAAAAGAAAAGAGAGAAGAAUUCCAAGGGUUGUAUGAAUCAGUGAAAUCUUUAUCAACAAUAGAUGCUCUUAGAUUGUUCAAUGAUGACAUCAAGGCAAAAGAAGCUAUGGAGCAAAGUGAACAUGUAGAGGUUACCUCCAAUAUAGCAGAGUCUAAGGAGAAAACUUCACAUGGUUCUCUAGGAAGUUAUAUUGGAAAAUUUGAAUCUUUGAUUAGGGAUUCUCCUGCAAUUGACAUUCAAAUUCCUGAACCCAAGUAGUUGGUGUGUUCUACCUUUAGUCGACUAGAAGUAGAAGACUGAUGGCCUAGGAGAAGGCGGCCUCCCUCGGGAAACAGAUUCAUCAUUAGUGUUUCUAGUGAAAAUUUUGCUGUCUGCAUUGAUAUUGUAAAGUCUGGUUACAUUGUUUUAUCCUAAUAAUUAAUUAGGAAUCAAAUUAGGUAUCACGGGGUUUACAACACUCACACAUAUUUCAUACCAAACACUUGCGCAAGUUUCUGGUGGUUCCGUUGUUCAUCGUUACUCAAGAAUAGUGCAGUUUGUCUUUUUUUGGCUACAACUUGUAUAAUUGUAUUCUAUUUCUACUACAGAACCAAAUCAUAAAUUAAAAAAAGAAUGCCUCUGCAAUGUUUAAGAAGUUCAACACUUCAACCAUAAAAAAAGAAUGCCUCUGCAAUAUUUUGGAGCUAAUAUAUAAUUAUCUCAUUUUGGAGCUAACUUUGGUGUGCUAUAUUUUGGAGCUAAUGUAUAAUUAUC